AUGGCGGAAGCUGAAAGCUUAAAUUUUGACGAUGAAACCUCGACAGGUAUGGAAGAGAACAUAGAUGGAAAAAAAAUUAAAACAAAAAAAAAAAGAUAAGUUGUCAAAAACUUAGAAAAAUAACCUGAUUCGUAAGUGAACUAAGAAUAUUAGGCCAGCUAAUGAAGAAAAAAUUGUUAAAUUGAAUAAUAUUGAGAACUAAUGAUUUUACUUUACAAACUCUUCCUGCCUCUGUUACUAGGGGGAGCGAUGAGGGGUGGAGGAGUAAUAAAUAGGCAAAGCACAGUAACUAUGAUACACUGCUAGCGCAAAUGAUCGUCUUGUGAUUUUGUUAGCUAUAGCAAAAGUGUAUCUGAUGGAGGGUGACGACGAGUACAGAAAUAAACAGCCUCAUAACGCGAUACACUUUUACUCUGAGGGCCUCCAAGUAAACUGUAGGGAUGAUCAACUGAAUGCCGAACUUUACAGCAAAAGGGCAGCAGCAAGUUUCUACUUAGGUAAGAAUGUUUUAAUGUUUUUUCGUACUGGUUUAACCUCCGAAUGCAUCCCCGGCUUGACUUAAGUUCUUGCUCGAAUAUGGAAAGUAAAAUUUGAUGGUAAAGAUGAAUUAUUUUAAAAUAAUUUCCUGAAGUUCGUAAAGCCAUAAGCUCAACUCGAAAAGGUUUCAUUGUUACACUAUUCGUUCCUUGUAGAAGCAAGGCCUUGUAGACGUACACAAUAGAAGUUAAUGAACAUUCUGUGUACCUUAGCCUUCCUUUUAAGCAUGAUUUAAGCAUAUCGAAAGGUGAAGCUCGUUUCUGACUUUUGCCUUAUCAGCACUCUCUUGUUAGUCUUAGACAAAUAUUUUACAAUAAGAAAUAAAAAAAUGUUAAAGGUUGACCUGUAACCCAUAACAUACAGUUUGUGGCCAUUAAGGGGAGGCUAUUAAAAGUAAAAAUAUCGUUUUUCUGUCGGUAAUCUUGCACUUCUUGAUGUCUGCUGCUUUUUUCUUGCUCAUAAUGUUCACAUGUUGACUUUUCCUCCUUUUGCUUCAUUGUUUUAUUCCUUCUUUUCCAGGUUAUUACCAAGAAACCCUGGAUGAUGCAUCAGUUGCUGUUGCGUUGGAUCCAACUUUGAUUAAAGCCAUAGAAUUAGGUAAGUUAAUCGAUAAAUUGAGUCAAGGUAACUAACGAGGUGCCAUAAAUAAGACUAAUAAAUGGUGAAUAAUACAUGGCGCACGUAGAUAUGCAAUUUCUCUUUGAAUGUGUAACUCGGUAGCUCAAAAAUGAGUGCAGCGAACGAGUGAUGUUUCGAGUUGAACGCAAGAAGACAAAUUCAAUAUCCACAAACAACUAUGUAUUAAUUUGUUUAUUUUAUCAACACCAUAAGCCUUUGCUUAUGAGAAAAGUCGACUUAAGUAAUGAUGAAAGCUGUGCCAGUCAUUCAUCGGCCUGACAGAAUGGCACGAAAGGCGAGUGACGUGUCAGUAGCUGAUUGGCUAUAUCAAUCACACGUAAAUUAUUAUCGUAAUAUUAUACGUGUGCUGUUACGGUUUUUCCAAGGGAUGGAAAUCCUUGAAAUAACCAGAUUUUAUAUAAUAAGUGGAAUUCAUGUCUUAACGUGAUAAGAUCAAAACUGGUUUAAUCACUCCCUUGGUAAUCUAUCUGCCUCAGUUGUGUAAAACCGGAGCCAGCUAUUUUCAAAAAUCCGAUCAACGAUAGGAUAACUGUCUGAACUGGAAACUUUUGCUAAGGGAAAUAUUAUUUAUCUUCAUGCUGUCACACAAUCAUCUAAUGCUGAUGAUUUGAAAUUAUGCUAAAUUUGAUCUCCCCCUCAUUUAUGUUCGAGAGAGCUUUUCCUCCGCAUUAUUUCACGCAAGGACACAUUCACUUUCAUGCAUGUAUCAGUACGUAAGUUCAAAUCAAUCAAACCACGCCUCUCCUUAAAAUCGAAGUAGGUGUUUUUGUCAUGUGACCGAUGCAAAAGGGCAUCAGCAGCUAUGCACUGAUUGAUAACUUGUGAACAGAAUUUGGUUCGAUUUCAUGAAAGAAAGAAGAAUUUUUUCACUUCGUAACAAAAGUUAGCGAACUGCAUUCAACCAAUUGCCAUUCGUCUUUAGGAGCCAGUGCUUAUGUGCAGCUUCAAUUACAAGCAGAGGCCAUUCAGUGGUGUCAGAAAGGACUGUCAGUAUCCUUUGUUUAGGUUUUAGGAAUAUAUCCCCACAUCUUGACUGUUUCAGAAUCUCAAUUAAUUUAGGCGAUUUGUUUUUAUUGCUUGCUCCAUUCCGAUCAAAAAAGGCGUAUGUUUUAUUCACAAGUCAGUCAGUGCCAAGAAGGCAUCCAAAGAUAUGGAGUUUAAAUGGUCUCAGCAGUUUGGGUAAGUUCAAUUAUCAGAAAUGAAUUGCUGAUUGGUAUUUGAGGUACACUUCCACUGCAUGAGUCUUUCAAUCGACAUUAUAAUUAACGCAGACCAGACAGAGUCUACAUCAUAUUUAAACGGAUUUGAUCUUAAGAUACGGAUAAGAGUAAGUUUGCACUCGUUUGUGCACUCGUUCUCCUUUAAAAAAGGAAACAAGAUUAUCUUACUGACUGCUGGGAGCAUAUACACUUCUCCCUUAAUAACCACUCACUCUAUCGGCUAAUUUGCUUUGCAUUUAUGGUUCAUAUUUGUCUUUUAUUGACCCGAUCUUGCAGCAACGGUUAUGAGCACUCAGAAAAUGGCUGGGAGAAAUAAAAUUGCCAUGUAUGUGUAUGGGAGAGAAAAAAAAGUGUAAAUUCUUAUGGCUAUACGAGUAAGACAAAUGUGUAAGUAUCAAGUGAUAACAAAGAGCUGUAAGUUAAAUGAAUCAGUCUUUACUCUACGAAGAUUGUAAAGUGCAAUGACGUCUUGGAAAACUUAUGGAGACUAUGUACUGGAGAGGCACACGCAGUUCAAGAGACAUUGGAGACAUGGAAGAAAGAGGACGAACUGACAAUAAAUCCCGAGAAAUCCCAGGAAAGAAAUUGGAAAAUCAGUUCAUUCACACCAACGCACGCGAAACAAGCAAAAACAAAGGCUGGAUCAUGUGGGAUGCCCUUUUAAAUAUUUAACUUCUCACAUUCUUACAACGAAAUUUGAAAAGAAAGUGAGACUUCAAAACAAUAUUUGAUGGGAAAAUUGUUCUUCUCUUGAUAAAACAAUGGCCUUGGUAGAAUAACUGGUUUAUUAAGAGUUUGGAAUGGCCAACUGGGGAAAUAUACUGUAAACAUAGAUACUUUAUGAUGGAACUCUAAUUGCGUAGUAUAGGUGAAAAGAUGAAAUUAAGGGACCGUCUAUUCAAUCUUCCUCUUAUUGAUAUGUUACCUGAACUUAAAAGGCGCAAUUUGUUUUACUUAGGGCCUACAAAAAGAAUCAUACCGAGCUGAACCAAUUGCAAAAGCACUCCAAGAAUUAAAAGUUGCUAACGAAGAAGAAAAAGAAGGUGAUGUGGGGAAUGCAAAUGAAAGUCUUUGGAAUAAUCCUAACCAAUCAGGAAAUUUGAAGAAGGCUAUCGAGUAUAAUGAACGUCGUCUGAAGACUGCUAAGAAAAUGCAAGACAAAAUUGGGGAAGGAAUGGCUUAUGAAAGUCUGGCCAAUCUCUUCCAUUGUUCAGGAGAUUUUAGGCGGGCCGUCGAGUACCAUAAGCUUCAUUUAAAAAUUUCCAAAGAAAUAGGAGAGAAAUCAGUUGAGGGAAGGGUUUAUGGAAAUCUUGGAAUUUCCUACCGUGCGUUUGGCGAUUUCAAGAAGGCCAUCGAGUGCUAUGAGUGUAGUCUUAAGAUUGCUAAGGAAGUGGGAAACAAAGUUGGAGAGGGAGCAGCUUGUGGAAAUCUCGGCUUGGCGUAUCGUGCGUUGGGAGAUUUCAAGAAGGCCAUCUAUUACCAUGAAUGCCAUCUAAGAAUUGCCAAAGAAGUGGGAGACAAAGUUGGAGAGGGAGGAGUGUAUAGUAAUCUGGGAAACGUCUUUCGUGGAUUAGGAUAUCUUACGAAGGCCAUCGCUUACCAUGAAUGUCAUCUAAAAAUUGCUAAAGAAGUAGGAGACAAAGCUGGAGAGGGAAUAGCCUAUGGAAAUCUCGGCUCAGAUUUUCGUGCAUUGGCAGAUUUUAAGAGGGCCAUCGAAUAUCAUGAAUGCCAUCUACGACUUUCCAAAGAACUGAGGGACAAAGCUGGAGAGGGAAGGGCUUAUGGAAAUCUUGGCAAUACCUAUCACAGCUUAGGAGACUUCAAAAGGGCUAUUGAAUACCACGAGCACGAUUUAAGAAUUGCCAGAGAAGUGGGAGACAAAGCUGGAGAGGGAAGGGCUUUUGGAAAUCUUGGCAUCGCUUUUCAUAGUUUGGGAGAUCUCAAGAAGGCCAUCGAGUGCUAUAAGUGGGAUUUGGAAAUUGCUAAAGAAGUAGGAGACAAAGCUGGAGAGGAAGCGGCUUGUGGAAACCUUGGAAAUGCAUAUGAUCAAUUAGGAGAUUUCAAAACGUCUAUCGAGUACGGGAAACGUCUCCUAAACUUUGCCGAAGAGCUGGGACAAAAAUCUGUUCAAGCGGCAGCUUAUGGAAAUCUAGGCUCGACCUAUGACAAAUUAGGAGAUAUUAGUAAGUCCAUCGAGUGCCAAAAGUGUCUUUUACAAAUUGCCAAAGAAAUAGGAGACAGAAAUUUAGAGGGAGGGGCUUAUGGAAAUCUCGGAAACACCUACUAUAAAUCAGGAGACUUUAAGGAAGCCAUUGAAUAUUAUGAACUUCGUCAAAAAGUUGCUAAAGAAGUAGGAGACAAAGCUGUAGUUUCCGUUUCAUUUUAUCAACUCGGUCAGAGCUUUGAAGGUCAGGGAUCGUCAACGAAUGCUCUUGAAUGCUAUCGUUCCAGUGUGAUGAUGUUUAAUGAAAUCAGAGCUGCUCUCGAGUUUAAAGACGAGUGGAAGAUUAACUAUCGCGAUACAUAUAGUCAUGCGUACAAUAAUUUGUGGCGUCUGCAUUUAAACCGUGGUGAAGUAAUUGAUGCUUUGUUUUAUGCCGAGGAAGGACGGGCCCAAGCUUUAAAGGAUCUCAUGGAGGAUAAGUACGGGCUUAAGGAAGCAAACUCUCAGUCUCAUUCUUUCGAAAGGUCAGCUAACUUCUCCCUUACAUCUAUUCCAUCGACAACAGUUUUUGUAGCGUUUAGUGAGAAGGAAAUCUUCUUCUGGGUUAUAAACAGCGAUUACGAGGUCGAAUUGAGAAAAAAAGGAAUAGAAGACCAUUCAUUAGAACAGAAUGUGCGAACAUUUAUCACCUCUUUAAACCACAAUCUUCUUAAGGAGAUAACUGUACGAGAUGGCAUUAAAUGCGAAAAUCGCUCGCUUGACGAGCCUUAUGAUGUGACAUUGACGACUGAGAGAGCCCCUGUCAGUGUUUCUCACUCUACUCCACCCGGAGAAAGCUUAAAGAAGAUGAGUGACAUUAUCAUUGCUCCUAUAGCUGAUCUGUUUCAUGGAGAUGACCUCAUACUCGUUCCUGAAGGUCCAUUUUGUUUGGUACCCUAUGUAGCAUUGGUGAACCCAACCCUGAAAUAUCUGUCUGAGCUUUAUAAGAUCCGUAUGAUGCCAUCUCUGAGCACUUUGAAAUUGGUCACUAAUUGUCCAACAGAGUCCCACAAUAAAACCGGCGCACUACUUGUUGGAGAUCCGUGCUUAGAGGAAGUUCUUUAUGAUGGAAAAAGAUUGUGUGAGCUCCCAUUUGCGAAGAAAGAAGUAGAGAUGAUUGGAAGAAUUCUCUGCACGGCCCCCCUCAUCGGAAAAAAGGCUACUAAAGGUGAAGUUUUGAAAGGACUCUCGACGGUUGCCUUGAUACAUAUCGCAGCACAUGGAAGCAUGGAAACGGGAGAAAUUGCCUUGGCACCAAACCCUAUUCGAGAAUCCCAUCGUCCCAGAGAGAAAGACUUUCUACUGACAAUGGCGGAUGUUUUACAGGCUCAGCUGCGGGCAAGAUUGGUUGUGUUGAGUUGUUGUCAUAGCGCUCGUGGAGAAAUAAAGGCUGAGGGGGUAGUUGGCAUCGCUCGAGCAUUUUUAGGUGCCGGGGCUCGUUCCGUUUUGGUGUCCCUGUGGGCGAUUGAUGACGAGGCCACUUUCCAGUUCAUGAAACAUUUCUAUAAAGAACUAGUUAGAGGAAGAAGGGUCUGUGAAGCUCUGGACCAAGCCAUGAAAUGUAUGAGAGAGUCUGGAGAUUUCAGGGAAAUGAAACAUUGGGCACCAUUUGCUCUCAUUGGGGAUGAUGUCACUCUUGAGCUGAAUGGAGCCAAUGCAAUCUAGUUGCUGCUCAAUGUAAUUAUUACUUGUUUUGGGAUUUUUUUAACAGACUUUCUCUAGGAUGCUUAAACUGCCUUUUAACAUCAAAUCUUACAAAUAUUAUGCUUUUGCAUUUUUGUUUGCGAUAUGAAUCUCUCACCCACCUUCUAAAAUCUCAAUCAUUACAAGCGGCAGAAGUUAUUUUUUAACCAUUUUAUUCGAGAUUUCGCAGCUGCCAUAGCUGGGCCUUGGUUAGGGGCUUUUAAACAUUGGAUAAGGUCACAUUUCGCAGUCUGGAAGAAUUUGUAGAUUAGUGGAGGAAAAAGGUGACUUUUCUAGCCACCGUAUCAGCUGUAAAUUGUACUUGCCUGGAAAAAAAGGAGAAGAGGGCCGAGGUUUUCAAAAAACUACACCAUGACUUUAUUUUAUUUCUCAAAAUACAUGAUUUUUUGUUGUUGCUGACUCUUUUUUUCUCCCCUUAGAUGGUUGCUGAACAAAUAAGGUGGAUUCAAAGUAGAAUUAUCGUUGUUCUUUAACCUAGACUAAUACUGGAAUGGACCUUGUUGUGAUAAAUCUAUGUAAUGCGAUGGAAAGUGUUGUUUCACCUUUGAAAUAGUUAAGAGACUGAGCAAAAUACUUCAUCGUAAUUUAGGAGUUUACAAGCAAAAUGGUCCGUUUAGCAAGGUGAAAGUGAACUCUUAACUCGAAAAGGUAUACGCUUAUUUUAUGGUAAUUCGUAAAGAGCCAUAGUCACUGAUAUAAUUUGAUAUAUUUUAACUUAUCUGAUUUUAAAAUCGGCUUUAUAGCAUAAGUAUGCAUAACUUUAAUGUAUGAAUGCUUUUAAUUUAGGAGUUAGUAAAACAAGAGGUUGGGUCUCAAAACAUACGAACAAUAUAUUUUAUUAAUGAGAUAUCGCAUCAUUUUAUCAUAAGCCAGAUGGGGUUCUGGAGGUGAUUAAGGCGACUGUUAUUUGGAGUGAGGCUUGCUCACUAAGGUUCUUGGUUUUCAAAAGGUACAAUAGCUACCAAGCAAUUUUUAUUCAGAACUCUCAUCAAAUAUUUUAAGUCAUGGAUCAUCCAAAUACCGCCGAUGGACGUUGUGAUAAUGUGGUUUUUAUCCUAAUUUGUGGUAAUAGUCUUGAAGCAAUUUCAUUAACCAAGUUUAUUUAAGUGACUGGCUCUUUGUAAAAUAGGAAUUGCAUUUAAACUUAAGUCUAAGUACGAAAAUAGUUUGGAGAUGUUGUCACUUUUUCAAUAAGAAAAUCAGUGAAACCACUGGAGGUCUUGAGCGCAGUUUGCUUAAGGGGAUGGUUCAAUACUUUAAGCUGUUAUUUCUAAGAGACCAAUCCUAAAUAAGAGUAGCGAAAUAUUAGUUCAAAUUUUUCAGUUAGAAGUCAAUAAGUAACUUCUAAAGUUUCUCCUUCCGCACAGAAGUUGCAGCUAGAUUUAAAAGAAAGGAAGAGGAGUCAAACUAUGCACAGUGUUAAAUAAUGAGAUUGCGGGAUCUGUUGAACUAAUUUGAACUUAUAAACAAUAAACUGGGAU